AUGCCAUUCAAAAAGGGUUACGUUAACAACUGGGAAGUUCAAAGUCAGAUUUUAGAUACAGCUCUUAAAAGCACGCUUAAAACGAACUCGCAAAAUUUCUCCCUAUCCGAUCAUAAUCUAAUUGUUACGGAACCAUAUUUCAAUUUUUCAUCAACUAAAGAAGCUAUGAAUGAAAUAUUUUUCGAAGAUUAUCAAGUUGCCGGGUUAAUUCGUACUAACCCUGCCUUUUUAAGUGCCUACAAGUAUCGAAGUGAAUCAGCUCAACGUCUUUCUAGAUAUUGUGUAAUUAUCGACUCUGGAUAUUCGUUUACACAUAUCGUACCAAUGGCUGAUGGAUUUGCUAUGAAAGAUUUUGUGAUACGGUUGACAGUAGGUGGUAAAAUACUUACAAAUCGUUUAAUUGAAGCUGUGUCCUAUCGACAUUUAGAUGUUCGAAGUGAAAUAUACAUUAUGAAUCAAUGCAAAGAAGAUGUAUGUUAUGUAUCUACUGAUUUUUGGCAGGAUAUGAAUGUCACUCGGUCGAAUCUAAAGUCAAACAGCAUAUUAAGAGAAUAUGUACUACCAAACUAUGUGGAUAUACAUCGGGGAUAUGUUCGUAAUCCUAACACUGAGGCUCCAGGAAACAGUGCUAAUGAUAAACCAGAUCAACGCACUUCUAAUCAGUCACAACAAGGAUAUAUUUUACGUUUAAAUAAUGAACGUUUCACUGUUCCCGAAUUACUUUUCUAUCCUUCUGACGUUGGCUAUCAAGAAAUGGGUCUUACUGAGGCUAUUCAGUAUUUGAUGUGUGAACGGUUACCAGCUGCAGUACGACCGGGAGCUUGGGCAAAUUUCAUGGUAAUGGGGGGUAAUACAUGCUUUCCAGGAUUUACUGAGAGAUUGCGUAAAGAUAUGCGUACUCAGGCACCUGAUGACCUUCCAGUCAAUGUAUUCAAACCACCUAAUCCUCAAACCUAUCCUUGGGAAGGUGGUGUCCUGCUGUGUCAGAAUCCAGAUUCAUUCAAUCACUUCUUGGUUACACGUAAAGAAUAUGAAGAGCAGGGAUCAAGUUGUUGCGAAAAGCGAUUCCCUACUACUUAG